AAUCAGAAAAGUCUUGUCCAGUUGGGAUCAAUGUUGCCUCAUGGUUCAUAAAAUCUUGUGAGAGACUACUGACCUGUUCUACCCCCAAGAUUCUGUGAGUUAGGCUUCUGUGACCACAUAAGAUCCCUACAUUCCAGAAGAGAGCAUUUCCUCACAAGUGUAAGUACAUAUAAGAACACUUCAGAUGUAUCUGUAUAUAUUUAAGAAGUGAGAUCAUCUCUCCCAACCCAAUUAAUGUGUUGGUUGAAAGGGGGAUGAUUAGAUCUAUUUCCUUGAGUACAAACUAAUUUUGCAUUUUUGAUGAGUCUCUAGUAUGGAGACAUAGUAAUGUUUAUCAGGGUUUUUCCCUAAAUACUUACCAUAUUUUUAAGGCUUACACUUGUGCUUUAUAGGAAAGUGAGCUUUAGUUUCUUCUCACUGAACUCAGAAUAAGAAUUUAAUAGAAAAUUGAGAACAAAACUAUGAAAAAAUUAGAGAAAGAAAGGAAACAAGAUAAUCAUAUGAUACAAUACAGAAGAUACUGAAUUGCUGGAUUAAAACAGAAGAUACAGAAUAGCCAGAUUAAAAUAGAAGAUACUGAAUUGCUGAAUAAAGUCUUGUUGUUUACCAAGACCCAAGGGGUUAGUGUAGGUAAAAUUAAAGAAGUAUACUGUGGAAGAAGCAAGCGGGCAAUUAGACAUAUGGAGACCAUUGGUGAUUGCAUGAUGGCAGGUAUGGCAGAAAAAAAAUGAAAUGGUAUGGAGAUGGAGAAUAUGGAUUUUGCAGGAUUUAUAAGUAUCUCACACAUCUUAUCCCUAAUAGGAAUUUACUGACUGAAAAUGGCAGAAAAAAUCUUAGAGAAGUUAGAUAUUCUGGAUGAGCAGGCAAAGAUGCUCUUGGCCAGAAGAGCAAAGAAAAACAGACUUCAGAGUCAAGUAAAGAAAAAGACUUUGGUUACACCACUGACAUUUGAUUUUCAGUUGGAAUUUGAAGAGGCUAUUGCUCCAUCCACAUCUAAGAACGUAUCCAGGAGCACAGAAGACAGGUCAUUUGGUAUUAAAAAACCAAAAAGAUAUGUCUCCUUUAAAAAUGAGCCUGAACCUACAAAGAGUGAUUUUGAAACAUUAAAUUUAAGACCACACUUUGUACCAACAAAUAUAAAAAAUCAAGAAAGCAAGUCAAUAGAGCCAAUGAAAGAAAAUCUGAAUUCAAGAUCUUUUAGACCUUUUCUUUAUCUUAAGGAUACAGCUGAGAAUAAACAAGAGCAUGGAAGAACAUUAGGUUCUACAACCAUUUCUCCUAUACCCACGAUUCAAUCUAAGGCUUAUAAGAAGGAAAAAGACUCUGCUUUAUUUGCAGCUCAAACUGGAAAAAAACCUAGGGAAUCAUCUGAUUUGGCUGGUCACUUAGAAGAUUCUGUCAAUAAAAGAAGAAAAUCUCCCCCACAGAUGGAUGAUUUUAGCACAAAAGAAAACAAAACCAUCAUAAAUGACCAAUUAAGUGAAUAUUGUUCAACAAGAAAGAAAAGCUUGCUCCCCUUAUGCUUUGAGGAUGAAUUAAAAAAGCCAAAUGCCAAGAUAAUCAACAUUAGUCCAGCAAAGACAGUAACUUCUCACAUGGAACAAAAUGACACAAAUCCCAUAAUUUUCCAUGAAACUGGAUAUGUGCAAAUGUUACUUUUGACAAAAAAUCGGCUUCCUCCCCAUCGUAUGGAAGAUGAAAACAUUUACCCACAUAAAAGAGCAGAUUUUGUCUUAGAAAGAAAUUGUGAAACCCUCAAAUCUUUAAUUAGGGAUCAAUUUAUUAUUCCUUCCAAACCUAAAAGGAUUAUGGCUACAGCAUGGAAAAGAAAUAUACAAGCAAUAUCUGUUGAUGUGGGCCAUAGAGUUGUAGAGAGUAAGCUAAGGAAGAAAACUAGUAAGAAGACAUUUGAAAACGUAUCCUGGAGUAAAUUCUAUAAUUUCUCACAGACUUUUUCCAGCCUAACAAAAAAUUUUAUGGGCUUCCUUGAUAAAACUGUUAUUCAAGAAAUGAGUGCUAGACAUGGCAACUUUGAAAGAAUGUUUUCUACAGUAAAACCAAUUAGCAAAUUCAGUACCUUACCUGUCAAAUAUUGUUUAAAGCCUUUAAAAAAUAUACUCAAAGUCCAUAAAUUAAAUAAUGUAACACCCUUGGAUGAUUUGUUAAACUAGUCAAGUGAAAAUUAGGCCCCUCAAAAAAUAUUGUUUUACAGCAAUAUUUAGGUAACAAAAAGAAAAAUAGUGAAGCUCCAAGAUCAUAGAAGAAAUUGUUACCUAAAUAAUAUUCUAGUGGAUGGUAUAAAAAAGCAUAACAUAGAAAUUGCAAUUAUAAAUCAACAGUCAUCUGUUCAAGAAAAGCCAACAAUUUUUAGUAAACAAAAGGACAAAAUUAGGAAAUAAUUAUCCACAAGAGGGACUAAUACAUGAAUUUUUAUGAACUCAAUUAGAUUCCUCAAUCAUCAGCAUUUCUACAGUAAAGUGUGAUUUGGGACCAAGAAUGGCAUUCACCAUCUCUGGAAAUUUGCUGUUGGAAGCCAAACAGCAACCAUAACCUUGCUCAAUAAUUGAAUAUCAAAUAAGACAAAUGCACCAUUAACUUGAUGCAUGUGGAAUUAAUCAUAUAUCAACAUUUUGGAUAAUCAUUGGAAAAUAGGAUUACAUUAGUGAUUCAUGCAAUUAAAAAGACUUUGUCAAAUUUAAAA